GCGAAAAUGGGAGUAACAUCCGCAGGCGAAUUUGACAUAGAUCAUUCUUUAUUCAUAGACAACGCCCUGAGCUCUAGCUCUGUAUAAAAAGCGCAUCAGCCAACUCGAUACUAUUGUCAAAUUUGAUCUGCCGAAGACGACAUCACCUCAACCAAUUUCUCCAACAUGAACUACUUGAUCGCUCUUCCUUUGCUCGCUGCUGCCGUCUUGGCCGCUCCCCUGUAUCCAGCGGAUGUCUUCCAUGGAGAACUGUCCCCGUUCGCCUACUCCGCCUAUCAACCGGCCUUCUAUAACCAAGCUUUCGCUCCCCAUUUCGGCUACAAUUACUUUAGUCCGAGUCCUCACUUUUCCGACUAUGCCGCACCAAUCGUUUCCGUUGCAGCACCAAUCACUUACACUGCGCCAGCCCCAAUCACUCAGUAUGUUCGUGUGCCUGUAGUUGCUCCUCAAGUCAAAUAUGUUGAAGUCCCUGUCCCUACUCCGGUCGUUGAAACGAAAGUUGUUCCCGAAGUUAAAACUGUCGUCGUAACUAAAGUUGUUGAAUCUGCUCCCGCUCCCGCUCCAGCUCCAGUCCAGCUUGAUUCUCGGGAAUCGGCCGAGUCUGUUGAAGUUGAUUCAAAGGAAGAUUAGUAACUUUAUAGUGUCACGCUUAAAUGACUUGCCAGUAACAUUAGAAGAUCGAGAAAAAAUUGACAGACUGUUACUUAAUCUUGACGCUUAACUUUCUUUUUAGAACCAACCCCAAAGAUAACCACUUUUCCUGACUGACUAAAUCAUUUUCCUUGUUCUGAUUUUUCUUGUGACAUCGUGACAAAAUAAUAUCACUGUCAUAUUGUACACCUAUAUACAUUAUGCACCAUUUAUACAUUAUACACUAUUUCCGUCAAAGUCUA